AAAAUUUCGUGGCGUGCUGGCUGCUCCUCGUAGCAGUCAGUCGAUCUGCGUCAGUCUAGUAGGGAGGGUAUCGUCGCAUUAAUGCGAAAAUUCCGCUUUUAUUCGCGGUCGGUACCAAAUUAAGGGUCAUUAAUUAAUUAAAUUGACCGUAAUGACUAUCAUCCUCUUUCUUGUAGACACUAGUGCGUCUAUGAAUCAACGUACUUAUUUAGGAACAGCAUUGAUUGAUGUAGCCAAAGCAGCAGUUGAAAAUUUUAUGAAGAGCCGAUCCCGCGAUGGGAGCAGUAGAUGGGACCGUUACAUGCUUCUGACUUUCGAAGAUCCUCCAGCGAAUGUGAAGGCUGGCUGGAAAGAAAGUCACAUGACUUUUGCUUCGGAACUUAAAAACUUGAAAGCAUCAGGAUUGUCAUCUUUAGGUCCAUCUUUGAAACAUGCCUUUGAUUUACUCAAUCUAAAUAGAAUGACCAGUGGCAUAGAUACAUAUGGUCAGGGACGUAGUCCAUUUUACAACGAGUCUACAAUUAUCAUUGUGAUAACUGAUGGUGGACACUUGACAACGCCUAAUGGAAUACAAACAGAGUUGAAUCUUCCUAUGAACUCUGGUAUACCUGGAGCUGAGCUGACUAAAGAACCAUUCCGCUGGGACCAGAGAAUCUUCAGUGUGGUCAUGAGGCUUCCUGCGAGUGUUCCACCUGAUGUGUCAGCCUUCCCCUUUAUACCCUCUGCAGAGAACACUGCCAUUGAUGUCAUGUGUGAAGUAACAGGAGGAAGAUCAUAUGCAGUGUAUAGCCAGAAGAUGCUAAAUGCUGCAGUCGAGUCUCUUGUACAAAAAGUCCAGUGUGGAGUUGUCAUCAAUUUUGAGAAGUUUGGCCCUGACCCGCCACCAAUUAAUGACUCGAUUCGUAUGGACCCAGAAGGGAAUGGAAGUGCUAAAGAAAACCUGGAUAUCAAUCGACCAAUACAGAUUGAUGGCGCUGAAGAUAAAAAGACUGCCAACCAUCUAAACCAACCCCAGUCCACAGCAUGGCACAGCUGUCGUAAACUAAUUUAUGUGCCUCGCUCAGCACAAAAAGGUCACUGUACUGGCCACUGGCCAAUACCUGAAGGUUACUGGCCAGAUAUCACAAGUCCAACACUGCCCCCUCGUACAGCUCAUCCCAUUGUUCAGUUUUCCUGCCAACCUUCGGACCCACUGGUGAUAGAGAAUUUACCAUUUGAUAAGUAUGAGUUGGAGCCCUCACCGCUGACACAGUAUAUACUGGAGAGAAGGCAGCCCAAUACUUGCUGGCAGGUUUUUGUUGCCAAUAGCUCAAAGUUUAGUGAGAUCUAUCAUCCAUUUGGCUAUUUGAAGGCCAGCAGUUCUCUGACAACAGUUAAUCUCUUUGUGAUGCCUUACAAUUACCCUGUUUUAUUGCCUUUGUUAGAUGAACUGUUCAAAGUUCACAAUUUAAAGCCCAAUCAGCAAUGGCGACAGAGGUUUGAGAAUUAUCUGAAAACUAUGCCAGGGUAUUAUGCACCAAAUCUUCGCAGAGCUUUAGCUCGAAUGGGUGCACCGAAUCUAGUUUCUGACAAUAUGGACAAUUGCCUUAGUUACAGUGUUAUAACCUAUCUGAAAAAGUUGAAGAAUCAGGCCAGAAUAGAGAUGGACAGACUGAAUGCCUCAAUUGGACAAAAGCCAUCUCGGCAUGAAGGGAUUAAAGUGAACUCGAGGAGCAAAACAUCAAUACUUCAGAGGAAAGAUUUUAAUCAGUUGCUGGCCAAUCUGGGAGGAAAUAUUGCAAGUCUGAAGCAAGAACUUCAGCAUGACUACAGUGGUUUUACAUUGGCCGUUGAAGACUUAGAUGUAAAACCACAGUUUUAUAGAAAUCCAUAUGAUAUACCUCGAAAAAGUCUGAUUGAUCAGAUCAGCCGAAUGAGAAACAACUUCUUGAGAACAUCCAUCAAUUCUGAAUCUCUUAUUGACCUUGAUGAAAGGCACCGGGUUCCUAUCAGUCAGAUGGGCAAUUAUCAAGAAGUGUUAAAGAAACAGCCGCCAGCCCUCAGGGAGUUAGAGAGCACACCCACCAGGCUACAUAUGUUUGGCAAUCCAUUCAAAGUGAACAAACAGCUGACAGUUGAUGAAGCUGAAGAAGCUAUUGUGAUAGGAAAUUCCCCAAGAAAAAGAUCAGCACCAGAAAGUCCCCCCAAUUCUCCACAUCGUAAAAGAAAGCCAGGUCCAUUGCCUCGAGACAUACCUUAUAGACGACCAUCUGUUUCUUCCAUCACACCACCUGCUAGUCCAGCACCAUCAUCUGUGUCAGAUUCUGAAUUUGAAGAUGAAACACCGUUACAGAUAAUUACAGAUUCAGAUGAUGACUCUGCCAGCUUGUCUAGUGACAAUGAAGAUAGUUCCUCUGUGUUAAAUCAUGUGAACUCUUCUCAGCCAAGCACCAACACAACUCCAAGUGAGAAUGGCCUCUCUGAUCACACUGGGGUUAAUGCUCUUGUCGAGGACAGACUGACUGACAUACUGACUGACAGUUUUAUUGGCAACAAAAAGGAGCAGCAGGUUUGGAGUUUCAACCGGCAAUUAAAAAGGUUGAUAACCAAAGAAGUUAAGAAACCAGGCAAAAAUUUUAAGAAAUUGUUUGAGCAGCUAAAGACUGUACAGGGAGGGGUGAAAGUUCACGCUGAGUUUGUCAAAGAAAUCAUUUCUGAAGCUCGGAGGUUUAAGAGAAAAUCACUUGUCCAAGAUUUGGAAAAGUUCAUGCAUACUCUUUACAAUGGGAACAUUACCAAAGUGAACAACACAUUCUCCAAGUCAUCUUUCAGUUGAUGCUAGGACAACACGCCAACACCAAUGCCUUACACACUCACUUUGUGUGAUGUGAAACACUGCAAGCAUUCAUAUCUCCUGCAAGUCCUGGCCAAAUGGUCUUGUUUAGAAGGGCCAAACAAAUCAAGUUGUCUAAUCGGUCCUGAAGUAGGUCUCACAUGGCAAGAGCUGUAGCUGUGCACAAUGGAUUCCUGCUUUGGCUGGUCAAUAACUGUAGAAGUGAAUUACAUUUGUUCCCUACCAGCUCAUCUGGUAUGUACAAGUGUCUGAGGCAAGCUGUGAUUUGUAUUGGAUUUGUUUCACUUGUCAACGAAGGGUCCAGGUUGUGUAACUGUAGGCAAGAUACAAGGAUAGAGGAAUGUUAAAGCGCUGGUCGCUUUCUGUCAAGUUGGAUUGUCACCUUGUUGGGAUAGAGACGUGGACAAGUUUCUCAACUCUCAACACAGCGGAUAUACCUGAGGGGAUACAAUGCUUCUCAGUCAAAUGGAGAUAUGAUCUUAAGAUGAGGCUAGUUGCAUGUAUUUGCAAAAUGUAUUCAGUCUUGUAGAGAGUAGUCUGAAAUCCUCGUGAGAUCAGAACUUCUUGAAGUUUGAUUCCAACUUCUAAGCCCAGGGAUGACAGUGAUAUGAUGUAUAGCCAUUACCUGACUCUAGCUAGUCAGCCUGUGCCACAGAACAACAGAGCUGUGUUGUUCUGCCCAACAACUUCAGUGACCAAGUGCUGCUUAGCAUUUGAUAUUAUCUGUGAUAUUUACUUAGUACAUAUGUUGAGCUUUUCUCUUUGUGUUAAUGAGCCAUCGUUGAAUUCAGUUUGUUCAGUAGACACUGGUACCCAUUCCCAGAGGUAGUGAUUAAAAGGCAUAACUAUUUGCUUACAUUUUUAAUACUGUAGGUUUUUUUUCUUUCUGGGUCUUAUACCAUUCAACUUUUCAGGUGUAGAUUUAGUUGACAACAUAGGCUAUUUCUAUCCAGAAGUCCAGGAUGGAUUCAGAACUGUUGUAGUUCCACUUUGUAAGCAAAACCUCCUACAGCAGUACCUAAAGUACCAGUGCUAUUUUUUUUUUUUUUUACUUUGUUUUAAUAAAAAAAAAUAUUUUGAAAACUA